AUGACUGAAGAUCGCCGUAACGAAGAAACUAUGCGAUCCGUCCUCUUUGAUGGUCACCCGUUUGAGGUGAAUGUUCGCAGCAUUCCAAAGGCAAAACUUGUCAAACAAACAGACGCUGUGGUACGUGUUACCACAGCAGCUAUCUGUGGUUCCGAUCUACACAAUUACCAUGGCGUUUUUGGAAGUAACGAUGUGCCCUAUGCCCUUGGACACGAGGCCAUGGGAAUUGUGGAAGAAGUCGGCACAGAGGUUAAAACAGUGAAAGUUGGUGACCGAGUCAUUAUCCCAGAUCUUCCUGAGGAUGAUUCACUUCAUGUGGAGCCAGAGAUCACACCUGUGCUGGCGCUUUAUGGCGAGGGUGCGCAAUUUGGGAAUCUAGGGGGCUGUCAAGCUGAAUUUGUCCGUGUUCCAAUUGCGGAUAAAUCAUUGAUCAUCCUAGGCGAGGAGUUCGAACAUAUUGAAGAUCGGGACUUGGUUGUUCUGACAGAUAUAUUCCCAACGGCUUGGGUCGGUCUCACCUGGUCCGGCUUCCAAGCUGGAGAUACGGUCGCUAUUUUUGGAGCAGGCCCGGUCGGACUUCUCGCGGCAUAUUCUGCAAUUAUUCGUGGAGCUUCUCGUGUGUACUCCAUUGACCAUGUUGAAGAGCGCCUUGAAGCCGCAGCCUCUAUUGGGGCGAUUCCGAUUAAUUUCACGAAAGACGAACCCUCUGCACAGAUUCUUGCCCGAGAGCCAAAUGGCGUGCAGCGCGCAGUGGAUUGCGUCGGAGAGGAAUGUAUCAACGGAAGACUGAAGCACGAUCAGUCUUUUGUGAUUACCCAGGCAGUAAAGUGCACCAGUGUAGGAGGUGGCAUAGGGGUGAUUGGUGUUCACUUCGCUCAGCCUACCUCUAAGGGCGUUGAGCGAGGUAACACCAUUUCGCCCACUAUGACUUUUCCCAUGACGCUUUUCUGGGAGAAGAACUUAACAAUGCGCGCUGGUACGGUAGACAGCAAAAUGUUUGUUGAACCAAUGUUGGAACUUUUAAAAAGCGGCAGGGCCAGGCCUGGUUUCGUUUUCUCCUCUACGAUUGGGAUUGAGGACGCACCAACGGCGUAUCGACGAUUUUCUGAUAAAUUGGAAACUAAGGUACUGAUUAAGUUUCCAUCGGGCGAAAAAGGAAAUGGGAACGUCAGAGAGGAGGCUCGGAAGAACAGUGACAGCUUACUUGGGGGCCAGCGGCCCAGGAAGGCUAAGCAACGCCAAAGUUUUUCCUAUACAUCUCCGAAACGAAUUAAGCAUUAG